AUGGAUAUUAUUAAUUUAAUAGUAAUUGGAGCUGGAUUGAUUGGCCCUCGUCAUGCUAGUCAUAUAUAUCAAAGAUCUGAUUGCAGAAUAUUUGCUAUUGUUGACCAUUCCUUGAAUGGUCCUAACAUUGCCAGUAAGUUUUCUACCAAUUUAUUCAAAAAUUUAGAUGAAAUGUAUCACUACAUCGAAGAAAAUAAUUUAAAUUAUCCCGAUGGUGCUAUAAUUGCUACUCCAAAUCAUACUCAUGUUGAUUUUGCCGUGAAAUUGGCAGAAAAGGGUAUCAACUUAUUAAUCGAAAAGCCUUUAUCUUCCAAUGCAUUAGAAUGUAAAUAUUUGAUUAAUUACUUGAAAGAUUUAACUGAUCAAGGAAGAGGAGUCAAGACUUUGAUAGGUCAUCAUAGAAGAUUUAAUCCAUAUAUCGUGUAUACCAAACAACAAUUAACGAAGAUUGGGACCCCUAUUGCCAUUCAAGGGUCUUGGUGUUUAAAAAAACCUGAUCAUUACUAUUUAGAAAAACCCUGGAGAACAGACGUCACCAAAGGAGGUGGUACUCUAUUGAUCAAUCUUGUUCAUGAUUUGGAUUUGUUAUUGUAUCUUAUUGGACCCAUUGAAAGAAUAUAUGCUGAGUUAUUACCAAAACAACGUGAAUAUGAUGUUGAUGAAGGAGCUGUUUUGACAAUUUCAUUUAAAAAUGGAUGUAAGGGUACUUUCAUUUGUGGUGACAAUUUGGUUUCUCCUUUCAAUUUCGAAAAUGGGACCGGUGAAAAUCCCAAUGUUCCUUUCUUUAAUACUGAAGGUUUUUAUAGAAUCUUUGGAAGUCAAGGUACUUUAUCUGUACCGGACAUGAAAUUUUACUAUCAAUCACAACCUGGAUGGGAAAAUCCUAUUGAUGUUGAUCACACAAUUCUGAAAAACGAGGAAACUAAUAACUUAGGUACUUAUACACCAGCUACUUCGUUUACCAACAUGUCAUCAUUCAAUACCAAUAUGGAUAUGAUGAUGAAUGAUGAAUUCGAAAAUCAAGAUAAUUUUUUCGACAUCAAGCCCUUUGAUUUACAAUUGUCCCAUUUCAUUGAUUUAAUUAGGGGCCAAGAUAAGGUUAAUUGUACCGCAGAAGAUGCCUUGAUGGCUUUAUUGUGUAUCGAAACUGUAAUGAAAUCAGUUGAAACUGGCAAACCUGAGUAUGUCCCAGAAAUUCAAGAUUUGAAAUGA